GGUAUUCCACCAUUGUCCAGUGGUAUCGUCUACAACGUUCUCCUCACUACCGUUAUCCAACAUCAAUGGACGACAUACAAAUUAUAUAUGAAUCGAGAAAUUAUAUUGUUGUAAAUAAAGAUGAUUUGGUUCCAAUCGAUUCAUUUCAAGCACCAGCACAAGUGAAUAUUUCAGAACAAACUCGAAGUCUAUUUUAUAAACGAGCUUUAAUUAAAUAUCACGAUGAACAGUUAGUUGACAAAUCAGAAAAUACAAUGACAGAUAAAUUAGAAACAGAUGUUUUAAGCGAAACUAAUGAAGGAAAGGCACAACUAGAACUAUUUGAAGAAACAUCUAAAGAAAAAGCACAGUUUAUACGUUAUAUACAUAGAUUAGAUUUAGAUACUUCCGGUUGUAUGUGUUUUGCUAAAUCAGAUGUAGCUGCUGCUCUUGCUUAUAAGGCCUUUGUUGAAAAACGUGCUAUCAAAUAUUAUCUCACUCUCGUGCACGGUCAUAUUCAUUCGCCAUAUCCAAGUUUUAUCGAUAAAGCGAUUGGGGAAAAUGCAGCCAGUUAUGGACGUAUUAUGUGUACAGAUGAUUUUGAAUAUUGUAAUAUGCCAAAACCAGCUCAAACACAUGUCGAUAUUCUACAACGAAGGACAUAUGAUGGAAAACCGGCAGCAAAAUGUCUGGUGAGGAUAUUGACGGGUAAACGACAUCAAAUUCGACUACAUUUAGCUCAUAUCGGACAUCCUGUAAUAGGUGAUUAUAUUUACACUCAUCCGAUUGACUAUAAACCUCAUCGUAUUAUGCUUCAUGCUCGAUCAUUGACGAUUCAUUCCGAUAUGGAGGUAGUCGAUGCUUUAGCACCCGAUCCAUUUAAACAAAAAUUUGAUCCUUUAUGGAAACCGGAAGAAAGAUGUUAUCCACUAAAUAAAUGGUAG